UUGUUUGGUUACGUCGCCGACCCGGCUUGUCAUACGAGACAACAAAGAGAAAAAGCGAGCAGUAGAAGAAAAGAAAGUGUCGAUAGAAAGGAACCCCCUUCCCAGUUCUCCAGACCAUGCAGUGAGGUGUCUAACAGUCUCCGGGCUGGGGCUGUCCAUGUGAGAAGUGGAUCUUAGAUGGAAAAAAAAUAAAAGGCAAACGCUUAGGUUAGAGAAGAGUUUAACACAGAGCAUGGCCUCAGCCAAAGAUGACAGCACGGAUGGAAGACUGGCACAUGAGAAACAGCAGGAUUGUGCCUCGGGGGACGUGUGCGUGAAGCUGGAGGACUGCGAAGGAAGAAUUUCAGUCUUCAAAGAGGAGGAGUGCAAGGGGGGGUUUGUUGAAGUUAAAGUUGAGAAUUGGGAAGAUUUCUCGGGUUGUCUUGAAACACAAAACCUUGAAAAUAUCUCUGUCUUCAAACAAGAGGUUUUGGAAGAAUCGCAUUCCAGUUUACAGCCCCGGCUCACUAACACUGAACAACUGGCUACCCCGCAGCAUUAUGCGGGAAUGAAAAGCGAGUUUUUGGAAUUUGAGGAGAAAAUCACUGAAGGAAACGGCACAGAAUCUGAAGAGCAGCCGUCAUCUAGGAGUGUUGGAAUAAAUUUUCAGAACUGCGACUUCUCUAUGUCUUCAUUUGCUCAGCCCUUUCUUCAGUGCAGUCUGCAACACAAACAGAACAAAGAGAAGACAAAGAAAUCAACAAGAGGAUCAGAGAAAUUGACCCCUGUUUCUUUCCAGGGCAGUUCACUACCUUCUGACAAACUGACACAAACAGAAUUGAUCAAAACUGACCAACAACACGACUACAAUACAGAUAAAGAGGCUUCGCGUGCCAGUGGACAGUGUGAAAGAACUUUAAAAAACAAAUUUGACUGCAAAGAGAAGUCGCUUCAUAUAAUUCAGAAGCCGUAUGCCUGCUCUGAAUGUGGAAAACUGUUUCCACGCAGAAACAGUCUUCAAGCACAUAAAAGAAUUCACACUGGAGAAAAGCCCCACCGCUGUCCAGAGUGUGGCAAGCAAUUCCCCCGCAACCGUGAUCUCCAGCGGCACGCACGUGUUCAUACUGGAGAGAAGCCAUACAGCUGUGCCGAAUGUGGGAAAAGAUUUUCACAAAACAGCAACCUUCAUAACCAUUUAAAAAUUCACACUGGAGACAAACCUUAUUGCUGUUCUGAAUGUGGUAAAGGAUUCUCGAUUUUAAGUCAUUUACGUAGCCACUCGAGAAUUCACAGUGGAGAGAAGUCUUACUGCUGUAGCGACUGUGGCAAGUGGUUCAUGCAAGGCAGCAGCCUGCGGAGACACAUCAGAAUUCACACUGGGGAGAAACCUUACUGUUGUUCAGAAUGUGGCAAACAAUUUGCGGAAAGUAGUGCACUUCAGAGACACAGACGAAUUCACACCGGAGAGAAGCCCUAUGUCUGUUCUGAGUGUGGGAAAGGAUUCACAGACAGUAGCAAUCUUCGGCAGCAUGCCCAAAUUCAUCCUGGGGAGAAGCCAUAUUGUUGUCCUGAAUGUGGUAAACGUUUCACUGAUAGCAGCGCUCUUCAGAGCCACACAAGGUUUCAUACGGGAGAAAAGACAAAUCGCUGUUCAGAAUGCGGCAAACAAUUUACUAAACGUGGCAAUCUCCAAAGACAUAUGCGUGUACAUACUGGAGAAAGACCGUGUUCUUGCUCUGAAUGUGGCAAGCAAUUUUUUGACAGCAGCACUCUUCGGCAGCAUAUAAGAAUACAUACAGGAGAGAAACCCUAUUGCUGUUCUGAAUGUGGCAAACGAUUCUCAUGCAGGAGCUCUCUUCGGAAACAUAGACGACUUCAUAGAAGCGUUUUUACCCGGAGCAUGGCCGCAUCCAAAGAGGACAACGAGAACAAAACACUCGAGCACAUUAAGCAAGAGGACUGUGAGUGGAGUGCCCCCAGCGCUUUUUGUGUGAAGCAGGAGGAUGACGAGAGACCGAUUUCGGCCUUUAAAGAGGAGGAGCCCCAUGGUUGGGAGACUGCGGACAUUAAAAUGGAGGCUUGUACAGACUUCUCCAUUACUCUUGAACAGCAAAAGCAGGAAGUUGGGAAUAUUUUCAAGCAAGAAACUUCAGAGGAAUCUCAUUCCAGUGUACAGCCUGGGGUCACUAAUCCGGGACACUUGGCUACAAAUCAGAAUUUUGCGGAAGUGAAAUCGGAGGCAACUGAAGAGAAAAUCAGUGAAGGAAAUGGGAUAGAAGAAGAAGAAGAACAGAAGCCACUUAGGAGUGUGGGAAUAAAUUUACAGGAGGAAGGUGGCUUCUCCAAAUCUUCGAUUGAUCAAACAUCCCUUCAGUGCAGACAGCAACACAAACUGGAGGACAAAGAGAAGAUGAAGAAGUCAACAAGAGAAUCAGACAAUUUGAUAGCAGCCUCCUUGCAGAGCAAUUUAUUCCCAGUUGUCAGACUAAGAAGGAUAGAAGCUAGCCACACUUAUCAUCAACAAGGGGAUAAGACAGAUCAAAAGGCUUUGUAUGCGGGACAAGAGUGCCGAAAAACCUUCAAUAAGAAAUCUGAAAGCAAGAAUCAUAAGUCAGGUCGUUCAAGAUCAAAGCCAUAUGGCUGUCCUGAAUGUGCCAAACGAUUCUCUUUCAGUAGCAGUCUCCAGAGGCAUAUAAGAAUUCACACUGGAGAAAGGCCAUAUUGCUGUUCUGAAUGCGGCAAACGAUUCACCGCCAUUAGCAUUCUUCAGAAGCACACACCAAUUCAUACUGGAGAGAAGCCAUAUCGCUGUUCUGAAUGUGGUAAGAAAUUCUCCACCAGCAGUAGUCUUCGACAGCACACAAGAAUACACACUGGGGAGAGGCCAUUUUGCUGUUCUGAAUGUGGCAAAAGAUUCACUAACAGCAGUGCCCUUCAGAGCCAUGGAAGAAUUCAUACAGGGGAAAAGCCAUAUUGCUGCUCAGAAUGUGGCAAGCGAUUCUCCAAAUUCAGUAGUCUUCGGCAGCACACACAAAUUCAUACUGGAGAGAAGCCAUAUUGCUGUUCUGAAUGUGGCAAACGAUUUCUCCAUAACUGUAGUUUUCAAAGGCAUAUGAGAAUCCACACAGGAGAAAAGCCAUAUGGCUGUGCUGAAUGUGGCAAAAAAUUCAUCGAUAAUAGUGGUCUGCAGCAGCACAGAAGUAUUCAUAGUGGAGAAAAGCCAUAUGUUUGUCCUGAAUGUGGCAAAAGAUUCCACCUUAACACCAAACUUCAGAGCCACUUAAGAAUCCACACAGGAGAGAAGCCAUAUUGCUGCUCUAAAUGUGACAAACGUUUCACCCAUAGCAAUAGUCUUCAGAAUCACAUGAAACAUCACUCUGUUCAGAAGUCGUGAUGGUGGCAGAUGUACCUAUAUUAGCAGUCAUUUUAAUCAUUCUAAAAAUCGCAGUUGGAGAUUUGUUCUUCUAAAUGUGGGAAAGGAUUUUCACUUUUACUUAAUUUUUAUUGACACUUAAGAAUCCAGGGCGGCGCAGUGGUAGCACUGCUGCCUUGCAGUAAGGAGGUGGUGGGUUUCGCUCUCUGUGUGGAGAGCACUCUAUAAAUGUAAAGAAUUACAGGUAAAAUUCCUUUACAACGAAUAUCUUUACAUCGAAAUUUUCAUUACAAUGAA